AUUCCCCUGUGCUAUGUUCUAGUAAAGCCCACUUCCCCUUUCUCAGCGAGCCUCUGAGGAAUCCCAGGAAGAGCCUGCUUUUGGCACAGCUUGUGAAUUUCCACCCUGAUACUUCAGAGUAAAGGUAUAUAAUGGGUUCACUGGUACCUAUAGGAAUUUAUUUGGCCUUUUAGAGGACAUUGAUUCUACACUCAUUUGCUCAGAAGUAAAUCCUGCCUGGUCCAGUGGAGCUUUUUCAGCAGUAAAGGUGCUUAGCCUUGCAGUCUUAAACUCUUUGCUGAGGCUGCAGCGGCUUCAGUUUGCCUUGAUUUUUUUAAAAUUAUCAUUAUUAUUAUUAUUGCUUUGUUUUAUUUUUUGAAGGGAGAAGAGAAAUGACUUAAUCUACACUACAGCCUUAAAGGGCAAAGGGGGUUGGGGGAGGGAGUUGGGGAAGACGGAAGGGCAGCUAUGCCUGGAAUUUUGAGGAGGAAGCCUGAAAACCGGGCCCUCACGUCGCAGUUCACGCAUCAUCAUGUCGCUGUGUUCCUGCUCACCUUCUUCAGCUACUCUCUGCUCCAUGCAUCCCGGAAGACCUUUAGCAAUGUCAAGGUCAGCAUCUCCAGCCAGUGGACCCCUUCCUGCCUUAAUGACACCGUCACCAGUCUUCAGCCAUAUGAGCUCUGGAACAGUAGUCAUUUAUUUCCGGAUGCAGAAGAAGCCACACUCUUCCUUGGGACGCUGGACACCAUCUUUCUCUUCUCUUAUGCUGUGGGUCUCUUUAUCAGCGGGAUUGUUGGGGAUCGCCUGAAUAUGCGCUGGGUCCUGUCCUUUGGCAUGUGCUCCUCUGCAUUAGUGGUGUUUGUGUUCGGCACUGUCACCGAAUGGCUGCAUUUCUACAAGAAGUGGUUCUAUUGCUGCCUGUGGAUUGUGAAUGGCUUGCUGCAGUCCACCGGCUGGCCCUGCGUCGUAGCGGUCAUGGGAAACUGGUUUGGCAAAGCUGGGAGGGGUUUUGUGUUUGGACUCUGGAGUGCCUGCGCCUCAGUGGGCAACAUCCUAGGAGCAUUCCUUGCCUCCUCGGUUCUGCAGUACGGCUACGAGUAUGCCUUUUUGGUGACAGCGUCAGUACAGUUUGCUGGAGGAGUCAUUGUCUUCUUUGGCCUUGUGAUUUCCCCCAAAGAAAUAGGCCUCCCUGAAGUUGGUGAAGAGGCUGACGGUGCUGCUGAAGAAGGGGCCAGCGAGCCGUUGAUCGGCGGUGAGAACGAUGAAGACGACGAGGAUCCGAAUUACUCCAUUCAGGACACUGACUUGGGCAGCAGCAGCAGCAGCAACGUCUCCCAGCCUGAGGCUAUUGGGUUUUUUCAGGCGUGUUGCCUGCCUGGAGUUAUGUUGUAUUCCUUGGCCUAUGCCUGCUUGAAGCUGGUGAACUACUCCUUCUUCUUCUGGCUGCCCUUCUACCUCAGCAACAACUUCAAAUGGAAAGAGGCAGAAGCUGACAAGCUCUCGAUUUGGUAUGAUGUCGGAGGGAUUAUAGGCGGCACCGUCCAAGGCUACAUUUCCGACGUGCUGCAGAAGAGAUCUCCGGUGCUGGCUGUUAGCCUCAUCUUGGCUGUUGCGUCUCUCUUUGGAUACAGCCGUUCACCAAACAACAAACCUAUCAACGCAGUGAUCAUGGCAAUUACAGGCUUUUUCAUCGGUGGCCCUUCCAACAUGAUCAGUUCCGCCAUUUCUGCAGAUCUGGGGCGGCAGGAAAUGGUGAAAGGGAGCAGCGAGGCGCUAGCAACUGUUACGGGAAUUGUGGAUGGCACUGGAAGCAUCGGAGCAGCUGUGGGUCAGUACCUGGUGUCUUUGAUCCAAGAGCACUUGGGAUGGAUGUGGGUCUUCUAUUUCUUCAUUCUGAUGACCAGUUUAACAGUGCUGUUCAUCACACCUUUACUAAUGAAGGACAUCAAUACGCUCCUGGCACGGAGGCAGCUUCGCAGGCUGGUCGGCUGACACUGCUCUCUUGCCCCCAUUCAGUGGUACUCUUCAAGGAAGGCCGCUCCGGGGAGACCAGGGUUUCUUUCCGGAACUUCCAGCACUUCACAUUGACUCCCUUAUUUACACCCGCAGUGUAAAUAAUGCUGGACUGGCCCACAGAAGGAUUUCCUGCUGCUGAGCGUCUGAAUCCUGUCCAAAGAUACGCCACAGCCACCUGCCACGGGGAGAUGGCUGUACGUUUGGAGGGCUUAUUGAAUGGGCCGGAGGGGGACGUUUCCUUUUCAGUUUUUACCUCCUUGGGGUCAGUUUAUGCAGUUGUCGAGAUCAGCUGGUAGAGCUUUUGCUGGAUUGCAGCAUUUUGCGCUGCAGGGUGGGGAAGAGCCCGUUUUUGAAUCCUCUCCCAUAAAAUUAAUAUCCUUCCACAUAGAAGAUGAGUAGGUCUGGGACAAGAAAUCAAGCAUACCUUUUUCCUCUUGUGCGAGUUGCCUAUAUAGGGGGCAGGGGGAUGGGACGGGAAUCAUUUAUUUAUUUUGUUUAUUUAUUACAUUUUUGUCCCACCUUUCUUCCAUCGUGGAACUCAAGGUGGCUACAUGUGGUUCGUAGCUGGUUUCCACUCCAACCACUGACCAGGCUCACACUGGCUUAGCUUCAGCAAGCUGGCGGCAUCCUGUGCUUUUCAGACCAUGCCCUGGGACCCGUCAUUCAAACGUGCAAUCCCUCCCUGCUCCCUGAAGUAGAAAACUCCAGGAAAAGCUUACAGCCUUAUGACUCUGAAUAAACUGGCCCCACUUAUAUUCUUUGUACUGUUAUGUGCUUGUGUCUUUAUGCUGAAUCUGGGCACCGUACAGUUGCCAGAUGUCUAAAACUGACAAGCCUUCUUUGCAACUUGCGUUAAGCAAGGGGGAAAGACCUUUUCAUUGUUUGAUACCAAAUCAUGGUUUCAAAUUCGCCUUGGGCCAGUCCAGCAUUUAAAUUUUUUUUUGUAAACUGAUCGUGCCAACUACCUGCCUCCAAGUUUCCUACCUGACCGUGUGUUUACAAAAUACAUAACAGGAAGCUAUGGGGAGCAGUCCAGAUCCUUAGUACUCUCAUGUAAAAAGGAACGGCUGUCCUGUUUUUAUUUGAUUUUUAAAUAUUUGUCCUGUCCAGGAAUUGUGGCCUGUGUUAAUUUAACCUUCCUGUGUCUAACAGUGCAAUUGCAUUCCAUACUUGAUUUAUUUUUCUCUUAACAUGUGAAAAUGAGGCUGCAUCUCUGGAGAUGCGCAGAGCCAAGUCAUUUCAUGCGGAAGGGUGGCAAUCAAGGUUUUAACAAGAGUCCUCAAAAUUAAGGUGAACGUGAUUUUGAGUUGGUUUCAGCAACUGAUCCAAAUGGGAAGGGGUUAUUUAUCCGCUUCUCCUGUGUCUGCUGAGCUGUGAUAACUUGCUGUCUUUGGUAACCGCCGAGAAAAAGGUUGAAAGCGUUUUGAUUUCUUGUUGAGGAGUCAUCUGAGGCACAUCCCUCCAUCCCAGCUUAAAAGAACAGGGUUGAACAAUCCUUCUGCCUGCACCAAAUGUGUUUUGAAGGUAGAACUAGCCGUUGCAAAAUGUGCAGGGCUGCUACCAAAAUAUACAGCCUCUGUCCCCCGCCCGCUCCUGUUGAGUUCUUCCUAUUCUCCACCACAUAGUUCAAUGCAGUGCAUGUCCUGGUGCUAUUUCUGCUGUGCCAUGAGCGUAAGAGAAUACUGUUUAGUGGUGUCAGGACAUGAGCCAAGUUGAACUCGAUGUUGCGGAAGAGAAGAGGAAAAUGCGACUGGGGGAGGGGGUGGUAGUUGGUGAUUAGGACUAACAGCAUAUAGGGCUGGAUCAGACGAUACCUGUCCCCCAAUCUGUCUUGUGCAGGGCAGGUGUGCUUUCCUUGCCACCUGAUGCGCCUGACCCCUUUUGGACACCUGUAGAUCCCUGCAGGGUGAAUACAGACAUUGACACUCGCUCCCCACAGUGGGUAGGCUUGUUUUGAGCAGUCUAUUCCCAGAUUUUAUUUUGUGGAGUCUCUCUUUCAAUGUGUAUUGGAAUUUUGCACCCACAAGCUGUAUCCAUUAUGUCCCCCUGGGGACUGAAGGUGGGCCCUUGCUUCCUGGGACCAGUAUUGCGGGAUCCAGCCCACUGUUGCUUCCUUGCCUGUUCUUUGGUUGAAUUGGGGUAGGGGGUAGGGGAAGAGUGAGGUGCACAGGCUCCAGCCCAGAUGCAGUGCACAUUUCAUAUGUAAAUUGGAUCUGGAAAUGCAGCACAACGUUCUUUGGGUCACUGGAGUGGCUCUCAAAUCCUCCAACCAUGUCUGAAAACAGUAACAUCGUGCCUUGGAUGUCUCCUCAGCAAUGCGUAUCCAACCUGGUUUCUUGUGGCUGCUGAGAUUGAGGGGGAAGAAAAGCAAUUCUGGGGAAUACUGGGAAUUGUAGGACUUUUUCUGUCUAAACAUGCAUAGGAUUGCGCCCUUAGUUGCAAAUUUGGGGUGGGGGAGGGAUUGGUUUUUACUUUUCCAAAAAUGCCUUUAUAAAUACUUAAUGUACAGUGCUAGCCUUCCUCUCUCUUUUUUUAUAUAAUUAUUUAUGAAUGUAAAUGUUGUGUGACUCCUGUGAGCGAAAUGUUCUUGGUGUUUCAAGGGCCUCUUCCUUUAUUGUGUGUUGCUUAGCUGUUGUGUUCUCUUCUCCAUCAGUGCUGCUCACUGCCAUUGGUCUUCAGGAUGUGGUAACUUAAUUUCUCUGUGAGUUUCCUUUUUUCAAAAAAGAAAAGAAAGAAGGGGGAAUCUUUCCUCUCUUUGCUUUUCGUUUGGCUAUCUAAUCCAUCAGUGGCAUGAAGAUGUAAAUUAGUUUCUUUUUUCCUCCUUGUUCCUUCCCCCCAUCAGCUGUUCUGAGAGUUUAUCCUGACUUAAAAGUCAUUUAUAUGGUCUGGUCUCAUCACGAAAGCAACAUGCUCUGAAUUCUAGAACUUCCAUAGAGUAAAAAAAAAAUCCAUUCUUAAUCUUUAUAGUCUGUGCGCACAAUCACUUUCCCACUUUUUAUGAACUUGAUUGGGGAGAUCCACAAAGCACUGGAUCUUUCAAGAAGGGGUGUGUCUGAUACUUGUUCAGCAUCCUCACUCCUGUGCCUCUCGUGUCUGCACAGCACCAGGGUGGUGGAAGAAGAGCAGUUGGCUGAAUAAGCCCUUAGGAUGCCAAGUUUGAAAUGUUGGUCCUCAUUAAUUCCUUGGCUGAUCAGGGAUGAAGACAGACAUAUCCUCAAGCAGCCUUCCCUCAUCCUGGUGCCCACCAGAUGUGCAGGACUACAACUUCCAUCAUUCCCAGUCAGUAUGGCAAUCUCACUCUGGCUGGGGAUGGUAGGAGUUGUGACCAACACAUCUAGAGGGAGACAGAUUGGGAGAAGGCUUUGGUAGAAGUAGUUUUGACACAGUGUGUGUGUGUUCAGAAAACCAUUUCUACCACAUCUGGACUGCUGCCUGUCUUCCUUCAGUCCGGGUAAGCUGUAAAUCUCAACCACAAAUUGUUCACCUCAACAUUCACAAACCAUUCUAGGGGUGCUUUGAAACGCAUUGUACCUGAUACUGACAACCAGUUAGACACUUCCUUCACCCCAUAUAUUCCCAUUUAGGAUCCUCUGACUCUGUGCAAAUGCAGGAGGGCUGUCAGCUUUCCAAAUAAAUUCAUGGGAAUAAAUUAUUUUUGGCAAAUUGGA